GGUCCUUCAGACAGAAAUGAAGGCUAGCUGCAAAAUGGUCACCUGAGAUUUAAAUAUAAAACAACAUGAAAAUACCAAAAAGAAAACUUUUCCUUCUUAUAAUUUUUGCUUAUGUUGCAUUCUCACUUUAUGCUGCGUAUAACGUGUUCUUCAGCACCAAAGCGAUUUCCCGCGUUCACAGAGUGGUGAACAAAGACACCGCUCCGCAGGAUGGCGUUAGAGAUGGAGGAGCUGCUCCAGUCGUUGCAGAUGAGUGGAAUCCGUGGGAGAAUGAACAGGUGGAUUAUAACUCAGCUCUGAACAGAAACAGAGAAGGCUUUAAACAGUAUUUGGACAAGAACAAGAUCAAUAAAAACAAACCUAAACGAUACAAGGUGCAGGUUUGGGGCAAAGCUGCUAUAGGACUUUACCUUUGGGAGCAUGUUUUAGAGGGAUCACUUAACCCUACAGACAAAAUAGCUCAAUGGAGAGAAGGGGAACUGCAGUGUGGAAAGGUUGAUUACAGUUUUUACACAGGGCCCGCUGUGGUCCAGGGCCAUGUACCGUUGGACAUGAAUAGUUUGGUUUUGGUUUUGAACGGCCGUGAACAACAAAAAGUGUCCUACUCAACACGGUGGUUAGAGCAUGUUCAAGCUCUGGUACACUCCCGCACCGUGUCCCAUGUGGCUGUGGUCCUGCUGGGGAAUGAGCAGUGCAACAAUGACUGGAUAGGUCCAUAUUUGAAGAGAAACGGAGGCUUUGUUGAUCUUCUGUUUGUAGUGUACGACAGCCCGUGGGUGAAUGACAAGGAUGUCUUCCAGUGGCCCCUUGGUGUUGCGACAUACAGGCAAUUUCCUUUGGUUAGACCAAACGCCCAGCUGAUCACAUCAAACAGACCAUACAGCUGCAAUUUCUUAGGAACUGUUUACAAAAAUUCCUCCAGAGAAACUCUUCUACAGGUUCUGUCCGAGUCUGGCUUGGACAAAGAAUGCAUUACCUCUGCCCGUGAAAAGUGGCUCCCUCAGGAAACAACAGACAGUCUGCAGCGGUACCAGGCGGCUCUUGCCCAAAGCGAGCUCACCCUGUGUCCAGUUGGAUUCAACACAGAGUGCUAUCGCAUCUAUGAGGCCUGCUCUUACGGGUCGGUGCCAGUGGUAGAAGAUGUCCAAACACCGGGGACAUGUGCGUCAGGGUCCACCGCUCCCCUGCGUCUGCUCAAAGCCGCCGGAGCACCAUUUAUAUUCAUCAGCGACUGGAAGGAGCUGCCGUCCAUCUUAGAGCGAGAAAGGGCGAUGAGUCAGGAGCAGAAGGUGGACCGGAGGAGAAGGCUGCUGGAGUGGUACGGUAGCUUUCGUCAGCAGAUGAAAGAAAGGUUCACUGAGGUCAUUGAAGACGCCUUCUUUAAAAAUGCCUGACGUGUUAUUAGUUACUCAGUAUUAUUAUUAUUAUUGAGUCUUAAUGUGGUAGGUGGAGCUCUGUGACUACUUUUCUGGUGUUAGUAGUGUGAUGUAUUUUCAUGACAUCAUUUUCUGUUGUAAAGGUGACAGUCGGCCUUAGUCUCUGAACUUAAUCAAUCGUCGAUCAGACUUUUUAUACAGUGUGCUGUUUACAGUGGUGGAAUGUUAAGUUAAGCUGCCUUCAUAUUACACUAGUUAAUUCAUUUCAAGAUAGUUCACUGAUAAAUAAUUAUAUAUAUAUAUGAGAGAAUUAUUUUGGCUCUGAGUCAACGUUCAAAAACAUUAUUUAAGUGUUAUGCGUUUGUGGAUUCAUGUCAUAAAGAUUAUCAAAUCAUCUGCAUGUUCAUAUUACACAUGGGCGCGUGGGAAUAUUUUAUUAAGUCAGAAACCUUUCAAUGUUUUGUAUUUUGGUAUUUUUUCUAAACUGAGUCGGAUAAGAAAAGUGUAAUGAUCCCCCGAGUGUGACAUGUGGUCAGGUGUUACUCCCUUUUCAGGUUUAGUGCAACCAGAUUAACGACAUUUGUGGUUUCAAAUGUGUUUAAUGUCAAAGAGGUUUAAACCAGAGUGUUGUGCUAAAAGUGUUGGUGAAAAGCGUAAGACUAAGUGAAUGUUGGUGUCAUUUUGCCUUUUUAGUAACUACAUUUCAAAUAUAUUUAAACGUAUUUAUUUUAGUGCUUUGGUGCAUGACUGUUUUAAGAGGUGCAAUGAAAAUAAAGUU